AUGGGUGAAAAUGACACUUCAGAGAAAUUUCACCUGAACGUUAACGCCGCUGAAUUCGUCCCGCGUUUCUCUGCUGCGUCCCCGGUGGUAUUUCCAAAGCUGACGAACAGAGUAUCUGCGCCGUCGGUGGUGAACGAAGAGUCUCCACUGACCAUCAUGAGGGCCGCUGAUUCAAAAGAAACUGAAAACUUGAAGAGUUUCGAUAGCGGGUGUUACCCUCUAAAGCCAGAACCUCUCUCAGAAGUUCCGAAAGAAGCGACGAUAGCUGAAUCAGCGCAUGUCACACCAGAAGAAGGAAUAACCGAGCUGAACGAAGCUGCUGCGGAACCCAACAAUACCCCUGAAAUUAGAGGCGAUGUCAUCGUCGAAGAAUGGGAAGAAGGCCUUGGCGGUAUCGAAGAAGGAGAAGAAUCGACGGAAGGAAUGACGCCUGCUCAGGUAGAAGCAAAGCGAAAGAGGAAAGAAAAGGCGGCGCCGAAAGUACGAAAGGAAUACGUUAACGUCAUUUUCAUCGGGCACGUAGAUGCCGGAAAGUCGACCAUUGGUGGCCAAAUCAUGUACCUUACUGGUCAAAUCGAUAAGCGGACGCUAGAAAAAUACUGCCGAGAAGCGAAGGAGAUGAACCGAGAGAGCUGGUAUUUGUCGUGGGCACUGGAUACCAACAUAGAAGAGCGCGAAAAGGGCAAAACCGUUCAGGUCGGUCGAGCGUGCUUCGACACUGAGCUGAAGCACUUUACGAUCUUGGACGCACCGGGACACAAAAGUUUCGUGCCAAAUAUGAUCGGCGGCGCCAGCCAAGCUGAUCUGGCAGUGCUGGUAUUGGUUUUUACUGGUUGUUUUUAA